UGAAGCACCUCCCGUGGGAAGUUAGCCUUGAUCUUGGGGAAAGUGUUGUCAAACUCUGUUGCUGCCUCCCCCUGGAGGCUGCACACUGAAAAAAUGUGUGUUUUUAUAUUUCGAGGCAGGGUCACACUAUGUCUAGUCCAGGCUGGCCUCGAAUUGUUUUGCCUCGGCCACUCGGGUGAGGGGACUACAGGCGUGCGCCACCAAGCCCGCCUGGCUUGGAAUCUUGAUCCUGACUCAGUGUGGCCGACAUGGGCGGCACAGCCCCAGCGCGGGGUACGGGGAGGGGGCAGAGGAGGCAGGCUAGGGUCCCCGGGUCCCGACCCCCGUGUCCGACGCUCCCGCGCCCGCGGCCCCGGCUCCUGUCCUCACUUCCUUCCCCUUUUGGCUCCUGCUCUCGGAGCGGGCGGACGCGGGGGGGAGCGGAAAGGGCGGGAGGGCCCGGGAGCCGGGGUGCGGAAAAGCCAGGGAGGGGACUCGGCCGGGGCCGGAGGCCAAGUAGAGUAGCGCCCGCGCCCGGGCUCUCCGCCCCUGCCCACCCGCGCCCGCGCUCCCGCAGCCCGAUCCCGCCGCCCCGGGCGCCCCGAUGGCUCGGGCGCGCUGACGGUGCCGGCCAUGCUCCCGCGGCCGCUGCGGCUCCUCUGGGACGCCAGCCCGCCCGGCGCCGUGGUACUGAGCGGCUUCCGGAGCCGAGACCCCGAGGCGGGCGGGGACCCGGGCGGCCGUGCGGCGGGCGCCGGGCAGGAGGACGGCGAGGAGGACGAGGAGGAGGCCUCUGUGUCUGUCUGGGAUGAGGAGGAAGAUGGUGCCAUCUUCGCUGUCACAAGCCGCCAAUAUCGGCCUCGUGAUCCUAUGGCCCCUUCACCUCCCCCACGAUCCUCGAGACGGCUCCGAGCUGGCACUUUGGAGGCCCUGGUCAGAUACUUGCUGGAUGCCUGCAUGCCAGAAGCUGACAUGAACUUCACAGCCACCUUCCUGGCCACCCACCGGGCCUUCACUUCCACACCCACUGUGCUGGGGCUUGUGGCUGACAGGCUGGAAGCCCUCGAGUGCCUUCCCACUGACCAGCUAGAGAGGACGACAGGGGUAGCCAUCUCUGUCCUGUCCACCUGGUUGGCCUCUCACCCUGAGGAUUUUGGCUCUGAGGUCAAGGGUCAGCUUGACCGGCUUGAGAGGUUCUUGCUCCGGACAGGGUAUGCAGCAGGGGAGGGUGUUGGGGGGUGCGGUGCUGACCUCAUCCGCAACCUCCGGUCCCGGGUGGACCCCCAGACCCCCGACUUUCCUAAGCCCCUGGCCCUCCCUGGCGACCCCCCUGCUGACCCCACGGAUGUCCUGGUGUUCCUCGCUGACCACUUGGCCGAACAGCUGACCCUGCUAGAUGCGGAGCUGUUUCUCAAUCUGGUCCCCUCUCAGUGCCUGGGAGGGCUGUGGGGUCACAGAGACCGGCCUGGACAUUCCCACCUCUGCCCGUCUGUUCGAGCUACUGUCACACAAUUCAACAAGGUGGCAGGGGCAGUGGUUAGCUCUGUCCUGGGUGCCACUUCAACUGGAGAGGGGCCUGGGGAGGUGACCGUGCGGCCACUCCGACCCCCACAGCGGGCCCGGCUUCUGGAAAAGUGGAUCCGUGUGGCAGAGGAGUGCCGGCUGCUUCGAAACUUCUCCUCCGUGUACGCAGUGGUGUCGGCCCUGCAGUCCAGCCCCAUCCACAGGCUCAGGGCAGCCUGGGGAGAAGCAGCCAGGGACAGCCUCAGAGUCUUUUCCAGCCUCUGCCAGAUUUUCUCUGAAGAGGAUAAUUAUUCCCAGAGCCGGGAGCUCCUCCUGCAGGAGGGGAAUCUGGAGCCAAACUCCAAGAAGGUGCCUCGGCCUGGCUUCCGGGGCGGGGGCGUGGUCCCAUACCUCGGCACCUUCCUCAAAGAUCUAGUGAUGCUGGAUGCGGCCUCCAAGGAUGAGCUGGAGAACGGCUACAUCAAUUUCGACAAGCGGAGGAAGGAAUUCACCGUCCUUUCUGAGUUGCGGCGGCUUCAGGAUGAAUGUCGUGGCUACGAGCUCCGCCCCGACCCUGACAUCCAGCAGUGGCUUCAGGGGCUCCGGCCGCUGACCGAGGCACAAAGUCACCGCGUGUCCUGCGAGGUGGAGCCGCCCGGCACUGGUGACUCUCCGGCCCCCCGGGUGCUUCGGCCAACGCUGGUCAUCUCGCAGUGGACAGAGGUUCUCAGCUCCGUGGGGGGCCCCACCCACCUCGUGUCCUGGGACCAGCCCAGCAUGGGGUCAGAGGAGGCGCCUGAAACCCCAGCUCCCCUGCUGACCCGGCUGGCCCAGCACGUGAAGUGGCCAUCAGUCUCUUCUCUGGACUCCGCCCUGGAAGGCAGCCCUUCCCUGCACAGUCCAGCAGACCCCCGACACCUCUCCCCACCAGCCUCCUCCCCGAGGCCUGGUCGAGGUCACCGCCGCUCUGCCUCCUGUGGCUCCCCGCUGAGUGGGGCCACCGGAGAAGGACCCUCCCGGGGGACAGGGUCUGGGGCAGGGGCAUCUGGGCCAGGGGCUUCCGACUGCCGAAUCAUCCGCGUGCAGAUGGAGUUGGGCGAGGAUGGCAGUGUGUACAAGAGCAUCUUGGUGACAAGCCAGGACAAAGCUCCAAGCGUUAUCAGUCGUGUCCUUAAGAAAAACAAUCGUGAUUCUGAGGUGGCUUCAGAUUUUGAGCUGGUCCAGCUGCUGCCAGGGGAGCGAGAGCUGACCAUCCCAGCCUCAGCCAAUGUCUUCUACGCCAUGGAUGGCACGUGCAAAGAUUUCCUCCUCCGGCAGCGGCGGAGGCCGUCAGCUUCCAUGCAGAGCCCUGCCAGUGGCCCCGCUGCCUCAGGAACCCCCCCAAGUGAGGGGGGAGGGGGCUCCUUCCCCAGGAUCAAGGCCACGGGGAGGAAGAUCGCACGGGCGCUGUUCUGAGGAAGAAGGCUCAUGUUCUGAGGAAGAAGGCUUCUGUCAUGGUGCUCAUACCAGAUGUGGGUGGCCAUCUUGGAUGGUGGCCAUUAUAUGGCACGGGGACAGAAAUCCGACUAGGUGAUCAGCCACCCUGGGGCAGUGAAGUGCCACUCCUGUACCUGACCACUGAGGGGUCCAGCUCUGGGGGAGCUGGUAGUCUUGAAUCCAAGCUGCAUACCCGUGUGCAGCUCCCCACCGUUCAUGAGGCACGGGCACGUGGCUGAUGGUGGGCAGACUUGUUUCUGGGCCAUGUUACACCCUGGCAGGGGAAGGGCCAAGGGAAGGCCUGCUGGUGCUGAGCCCCAGGGCAAGAAGCAGGCUCCCAGGGGAGUUCCUGUCACUGUGACAACACUAAGAUAAUAAACCAAAACACUACUGGAGUCCCACUCCCCUGUCCCUGUGGUGGGGAGGUGGCUGAAGGCUGAAGCCAUGGGGUACAGUGUUUGCUACUCCCAUGAGGGGCCAAAAGAAAGGUGCAUGAAACUAUUCUUUCCUGCUCA